AUGAUGAUUAAUCUUCUCAAGGGAGUAAUCACCAAACUAAUUGGACCAGCUCAAGCGAGUUUUAUCCCGGAGAAACUAAGUGCGGAUAAUAUUGUGAUUGUACAAGAAGCGAUACAUUCAAUGAGGCGAAAGAAGGGGAAGCGAGGGUGGAUGCUUCUUAAGCUGGAUUUGGAGAAGGCAUACGACAUAAUCAGGUGGGACUUUCUGGAGGACACUCUUAUCGCAGCCGGACUAUCAGCGGACUGGGUCAGGUGGAUACUUCAGUGUGUUGCUGGCCUGUCGAUGCACGUCUUGUGGAAUGGGGAAAAGACAAGAGCUUUCCAGCCGGCCAGAGGACUUCGUCAGGGAGAUCCGCUAUCACCAUACCUAUUUGUUCUAUGUAUGGAGCGACUUUGCGAGCUUAUUGAACACUCAGUUGAGUCAAAAAUGUGGAAACCAAUUAGUCUCUCCAGGGGUGGACCGAAAUUGAGUCAUAUUUGCUUUGCCGACGACUUGAUUCUCUUCGCUGAAGCGUCAGUAGCUCAGGUAAGAGUGGUACGGAGGGUGUUGGCGAAGUUUUGCCUUGCCUCAGGACAAAAGGUGAGCCUUGCCAAGUCGAAGAUCUAUUUCUCGGCGAAUGUUCCUCGAGAUGCAAGAGAUCUGAUUAGCGAAGCAAGUGGGAUACAGCAGACAUGUGAUAUGGGAAAAUAUCUUGGCAUGCCGGUUCUACAGAAGCGGAUCAACAAGGAAACGUUCGGGGAUGUUGUAUCUAGAGUGACAUCGCGAAUGGCUGGAUGGAAGAGUAGGGUGUUAAGCACGGUAGGGAGACUCACACUUACGAAAGCGGUGAUCUCGUUGAUCCCAGUCCACUCGAUGGGUACGAUCCUCUUACCAAAGUCAACUCUUGGUAAGUUGGAUCAAUUGUCGAGAUCGUUUCUCUGGGGCAGUCACAUUGGGGAAAGGAAACAAUACUUAGUGGCCUGGAAAAGGGUGUGUGCACCAAAAUAG